CAUCCAUCCGUCCGUCCGUCCGUCGACGCAAAACAAGACAAAGACAAAACAAAUCCAUCCCGAUCGGUCGACCGAUCCACUCCUCUCCCCUCGGGCAGCCCAGUCGUCGUCGCGACCGAGGACCAGACACCAGAGGCGGGCGGGGAGCUCGAGGCGGAGGCACAGCAGCAGCGGCGGCGGCGGCGAGGAAGGGCAGGGCCAGCAGAGAUGGGGUUCGUCUCCUUCGUCGGGAGGGUGCUCUUCGCCUCCGUCUUCCUCCUCUCCGCCUACCAAGAGUUCAGUGAGUUUGGAACGGAUGGAGGACCAGCAGCAAAGUCUCUGAAGCCCAAGUUCAACCUGUUUGUCAAGCAGGUGUCCGCCGGCAUUGGGAUGGCGGUGCCACACAUUGACAUCAAGUCUGUCAUUGCCUUCACCAUGUUUCUUAAAGCCUUUGGUGGUCUCCUUUUCAUCAUCAGCAGCUCGUUCGGAGCGCUCGUACUGCAUCUGACAGUGGAAUGCUUUAACACUAACCUUCCUGAAAGAUUCCAGAUAUGGUGUCAGCUUGUUUACUUGGCAUUCAUAACCCCUGUCGUGUACGACUUCUACAACUACGAGAUGGAGUCCCAGCAAUUUGUCAAGCUCUUCACCAUGUUUUCACAGGUUUGUUACACAAAAUCUCGCUCAGCGAAAAGCUUCACCUUCUUUGAUCACGAGCUCUCACGCUUUUGUUCGCAGGAUUACCUCAAGACGGUGGUGCCGUCGCAGCUCCUGGCCGAGCGCGGCUCCAACCUCGUCGUCAUCAACCCAGGCUCUAUGAAUGUGCGCAUGGGGUUCGCUAGUCAGGACGUGCCGUUCAAUAUACCGCACUGCAUUGCCCGGCACAAGAACGAUGCGCCGAAGCUGUCGGUGCGAGACCAGAUCGCUUCAAUGCUCAAAAUCCCAUUUUUGGGUGAAGUAUCUCCUUCAGAGAACCAGCCAUUACCUCCUAAGAUGGGACGUCUUGAUGGUCUUUCUUCACAGCAAAACAAAGAUGAUAGUAUACUCACAUGGACAGAUGUGAUGGACAAAAGCAUCAAGGCAUCCACGUCAAUUGAAAGGUCAGUAAACAGUGACGCCGAUGAAGAUCCUUCACAAAGCACAUCUGAUGAUGGUAACAAGUCCAACUCCGAAGAAAGCAAGUAUAAGGAAAUGAUAUUUGGAGAGGAUGCUUUGAAAAUCCCUCCUUCUGCACCAUACUGUUUGGGUCGCCCGAUCAGGAGAGGCCAUUUUAAUAUUUCUCAGAAUUAUUCGUUACAUCAGGUUUUAGAAGAUUUGCGCACUAUUUGGAACUGGAUGCUGACAGAGAAGUUGCAUAUCAACCCAAAGGACAGACAUCUAUAUUCUGCAAUUCUUGUUCUUGGGGAAACAUUUGACAACCGAGAAAUGAAAGAAAUGCUGUCCAUUGUACUUUGCGAUUUGGGGUUUAGCACGGCAGUGGUACAUCAGGAAGCUCUAGCUGCGGCAUUUGGGAAUGGUUUGUCGACAGCUUGUGUGGUCAACAUUGGUGCUCAAGUUACACAAGUAGUUUGUGUUGAGGAUGGAGUAGCUUUGCCCCACACAGCUUUGGCACUUCCAUAUGGUGGAGAUGACAUAUCCAGAUGCCUACUUUGGGUUCAACAACGUCAUCGCACAUGGCCAAACUUUAAAACCGAUCCCAUGAAGAAGCCUAUAGAUAUGCUAAUGCUCAACAAGAUAAAAGAGGGAUAUAGCCAGAUAAGGAGCGGAAGUUAUGAUGCUGUUUCUGUUGUUCAUUCAUAUGAGCAUGAAAAGUCUGUUGGGCAUCAGAAGACAAGGCUGUCAGCUCUCAGCGUUCCUCCUAUGGGGCUUCUUUAUCCUCGGCUUCUCAUUCCAGAAGAGUUCCCUCCACCUCCCCGACCUUGGUUCCAAGAUUGUGAUGACAUGCUGGAAGAUACAUGGCAAACAAACGACGGUCUUUCUGGAAAUGGUGGGCUUGGUGCAUGGGACAGUUAUCAAAUGCUUCCCACUAGAGUAAAGAAGUUCGAUAAUAUCGGCCUCGUAGAAGCCAUUGUCAGCAGUGUUCUUUCAACAGGACGUGUUGACCUCCAAAGGAAGCUAUUCUGUAGUAUUCAGCUGGUUGGUGGUGCAGCUUCAACAACAGGUCUUGCACCAGUUCUCGAACAAAGGGUUCUUAAUACUAUUCCAUCAAAUCAACCCGUUGAGAAGGUUGAGGUAUUACAGUCAAGGAGGAAUCCAUUGUUUAUCCCAUGGAAAGGUGGAGUGAUUUUGGGCGUCCUUGAUACUACCCGUGAUGCUUGGAUCCAUAGAGAAGAUUGGAUUAAAAAUGGCAUUCACGUUGGGAGUGGCAGAAAAUAUAAGGAUUCCUAUUUUCUUCAGUCGCAGCUGAUGUGUUACUACAAUUCAUAACAGGUGGUCUGCGUAAGGUGUCAACUAUCUUGGGUCGCAAUUCCCGGUGUAAUCUCGGAUACUUGAGCUAGGCGGAACUUCAUCCUUGGCUCGGUUGUCAAGGAUCCUUCCAUUCAGAACUAGAAAUGGCUAGUAAAAUACAUGGAGAAGAGAUUCAGAGAUUUAUGGGUACUAUGUAGACACAUUCUCUAAUUUCAUGGUGAUUUACUAUCACCUGUAACGUGUAAAUUAGUAAAAUCCAAAGCCUGUACCGGUGCAUGGUGCCAUUGACGCUCAGGUCAGCAUAGCUCUCUCCUAA